ACGUAACACCAUCAGUUAUUUAGAACUGCCAUCAAAGGCAGUCAUAACAUAAUUUAAAUUAUUUAAAUAAUUUAAAUUGAUCCAUUUCAUUCAUUCAUUCUCAUAGUGCUAUUGCAGCCUGUGUAGUAAAUUCUAAAAUAGUUCAAGUUGCAAAUAUUUGUUUUUUAACAAUGGCGACUCUCCAGGUUUUGGCUACGCUGAUGGUAUUAGUGGCUAUCUGCAGUGCUGCACCUAAAAAACCAACCCUAAAAAUUCCCGAUGAAUGUAAAGGGGGAGGUUUUUGUCCAAUUAAACCAGAAGGAUACGACGAGAUGCAAGAUACGAUCAACAAACUAUUGAAUAGUAAAUUUUUUGCGCAAAAUAUGGGUGAUCGUAUCGGCGCUAACGGAACGGAAAUGACGGAAGAAUUUUCUUCAAAAGACGACUGGCACAACUGUCCUUACGUGAAAAAGACUGAAAAGAUGUACAUGUACAUUCAUUCUAACGACUCGACAUCAGGAGACUACCUUAUUCAAAAUGAUAUGCUUAAUCAACCUGUCGACUCUGUCACUUGCCUGUACAACGUUAUUGAGAAGGAGAGGUCUGAAAAUGAACAAUGCUUCCACCACUUUGGUUUAAAUUCCUUUAACUUGAAAUCGAAAUGCGAGCUAUCGGAAACUUAUAAAAACUUUUUUGUCUACGAUACCAAUACAAAUCAGAUUGUUAUUAAAACCUUACCAGUACCGUGUUGCUGUACUUGUAAGAUUACUAGUACUCUGUAAUUAAUUCUUCACUUUUAAAUAACUAAUUAUUCGACGCAUUAAGACUGAUUUUUUUCGUAGCAUUUUUUAGGUCAAAAUUUGUAAUUUGGUAUAACCUACUUAACCAUUGUUUUAUUAAAAAAAAGAUCUGAUAAUUUUUAUAUUGAUUUAUAUAAACAAGAAAAUGUAUUUAUGCUGUGUUAGUAUUAAAGUAUUUUUUUAAGAAUUUGUAUCUGGUAUACAAAAAAUGUAAUACAAUGCUUUGUUAAUUUAUUGAAAUGAUCUUGUCUAAUUUAUAUUUUAAAUGGAGAAAUAAAAUCUAUGCAGUGUAA